AUGGCGAGGGAGACACCACUUAGCCAGGCAACUGGCUAUGGAGUCGUGAUUGGCUUAGGCUUCCUCUUCGCGUUUGGCAUGAUGUUGACAACCUUCGUACUGCGCCGCUACAACAACGAAUUGCAGACUUCGGAGGUGUUUUCCACUGCAGGAAGAACGGUGAAGUCUGGUCUGGUUGCUUCCGCCGUGGUGUCUUCGUGGACUUGGGCGGCCACCUUGCUGCAGUCAUCCAGCGUAGCAUACAGAUACGGCGUCAGCGGGCCAUUCUGGUACGCCUCUGGUGCUACCGUUCAGGUCAUCCUGUUCGCCACAUUGGCCAUUGAGCUCAAGCGCAAGGCACCCAACGCGCAUACGUUCUUGGAAGCAAUCAGGGCACGCUAUGGCGCCGCAACUCACGGCGUGUUCAUCACUUUCGGCUUGAUGACGAACAUCUUGGUGACUGCUAUGCUCUUGACCGGUGGCUCUGCAGUCGUGACUUCGUUGUGCGGUGUACCAACGGCCGCGGCUUGCUUCCUUCUGCCUAUAGGUGUGGUGUUGUACACAAUGUUUGGUGGCAUCAAGGCCACCUUCCUCACAGACUACGUCCAUACGGUCAUGAUCCUGGUCAUUAUCUUCAUCUUUGCAUUUACCGCUUACGCAACCAGCAAUGUUCUCGGCAGUCCAGGCGCCGUUUACGAUGCUUUGGUGGCAGCCGCUCAGAGACACCCAGUGGCAGGUAAUGCUCAAGGUAGCUACUUGACCAUGCGCAGCCAGGAGGGCGCUGUCUUCUUCGUCAUCAACCUUGUUGGGAACUUCGGAACCGUGUUCUGCGAUAACGGCUACUACAACAAGGCAAUAGCGGCGAGUCCAGUACAUGCCCUCCCUGGCUACAUCGCUGGCGGUUUGUCCUGGUUCGCCAUUCCGUGGCUUGCUGCGACUACCAUGGGCCUUUCUGCACUUGCUCUGGAGAACAACCCAGUCUUUCCAAGCUAUCCUAACCGAAUGGACCCAGCGGAUGUUUCGGCUGGCCUGGUCCUUCCCGAUGCUGCCGUCGCAUUGCUUGGGAAAGGCGGUGCUGCGGCGACGCUGCUUUUGAUCUUUAUGGCCGUGACGAGUGCGAUGUCUGCUGAAUUGAUUGCCGUAUCUUCGAUCUGGACGUACGAUAUUUACCAGACGUACAUCAAUCCUCAAGCCAGCGGUCGUCGUCUAAUCUACAUGUCGCACACCAGCUGCAUUGUUUACGCCAUUGUCAUGGCCGGCUUCUCAACCGGGCUGUACUAUGCUGGCAUCAGUAUGGGUUAUCUGUACCUUAUGAUGGGUGUGAUCAUUUCGGGAGCCGUCCUUCCAGCAUCGCUGACCCUCUUAUGGGACCGGCAGUCCUGGGCUGCUGCGACGUUCUCGCCACCACUUGCACUUGUUUGCUCGCUCAUAGCGUGGCUGGUAACCGCGAAGAAAGAAGGUGGUAACCUCUCUGUCGAUUCCACAGGUGCAAACAACCCGAUGCUAGCAGGCAACGUUGUUGCGCUACUUACACCCUGCAUUUUCAUUCCGAUCUUCUCGCUCCUGCCCGGCUUACGCUCGUCAAAGUACGACUGGAUGUCCAUGAAGCUCAUUCGAAAGGGGGAUGACUCCGACUUGGCCGCUGCCGCUCACGUUGACCUGGAGCUUGUGCCAGGCCAGUCAAUUCAGAGCGAUCAUGAGACACGCCUAGAGCAGCACCAGCUCCAGCGUGCCGCAAAGAUUGCGCGCUACAUGACCCUCUUCCUCACUCUCGCCUUGCUUAUCCUGUGGCCGUUCCCAAUGUAUGGCACCGGCUACAUCUUCAGCAAGCGCUUUUUCACCGGCUGGGUGGCAGUCGGCAUUCUUUGGCUUUUCUGCUCCAGCGCCUGUGUCGCGGUUUAUCCGCUGUGGGAGGGCCGGCAUACGAGCACCAGGACUAUCAAAGCUAUUUUCUUAGACAUUACCGGCAAGCGCAAGCCUGUGACCCAUGGUCGGGCCACUGUGGCGGAGACUGCAGAGGCUGAAGACAUGGUAGAGGCGAAGAAGGAGCCUGCAACACCCCCAGAAAAGGUCGUUGACGGCGCAUCUUAA